AUGAAGAAGCCAGGCUCCCAUGGCAGACAUCUACACUGGUUGCAGAUGCUACUGUUCACCCUACUGGCAGGUCAAGCUUACUGUGAGGAGACCUCCGCUGCUCCCACUUCACUUCUCCCCCUUCCCACAAUAACUGCACAGACCUCAGCAGCACACUACUUUCUCAACAUCGCGGUGGAUGUCACUGGAUCGAAUAAGGAAGAGUCAGAGAUUAAGGACUGGCAACAACACAACUACAGCUACACCAUCGACAAUGUUAAAUUUCAACACAACUAUGGCUACAUCAACAACGUCAAAUAUCAACACAACUACAGCUACAUCAACCAUGCUAAAUAUCAACACAACUACAGCUACAACAUCAACAACACUAGAAAUCAACAACACUACAGCUACAACAUUCAACAGCAACAACACAACUACAGCUACACCAUCGACAAUGUUAAAUUUCAACACAACUAUGGCUACAUCAACAACGUCAAAUAUCAACACAACUACAGCUACAACAUCAACAAUGCUAAAUAUCAACACAACUACAGCUACAACAUCAACAAUGCUAAAUAUCAACACAACUACAGCUACAACACCAACAACGUUAACGAGGAGCAUCACAACUACAGCUACAAAAGGAGCGACACAACCACAGCUAGAGCAGAUCUAUCCACAACAGCGGCUCUGACGCCGAUCAACAGCCCGACAGCCUACUUACCUGACACCAGCCCGGUCAAACAGGUGCCUGAUGGUGGAGGCAAUGAUGGACAAUCGACUAAAACAAAUUCCAAUCAGUUAAACCAGCGGGUAGCUCGAGAAAUUAGUGGCAGCGCGACACAAACCAGUCAAACUGGAAUAAAUGUGGCUGCAGAGCUGUUAGAGCAAUGUGUUCAGGAGCCGUUUACGACACCCAGCCCAAAUGUGACAACCACACAACCCAACACCACCACCUCGUCUGUAAAUGUUACUUCAUCCCCACUGAACACGACAGCUGAGCCCCUCAACGCCACCACCACUGCUGCUGAUGUCACAGUAACAGCAACUACUGAAGCAGCUGAAAGCCAAGCCAACUCUCUCCUCGAGAUGACCAGAGACGUGUCCUCGCUGAAUUCCAGCCAGGUGGAUGAGCUGGUGUCUCAGCUGGAGGAUCUUUUGGCUGGCCCGACCGUCAGCCUGGCUCUGGGAAACACCUCCGUCCACAUUGUCAGUAAUCUGCUGGGUGCGUCUGCUGAGACGCUGGCCGACUCCUCCAACAGGAUUAUACAGAUUGUUGAUACAGUGGGGUUGAAGCUGGUCCUUGAAGAACAGGCUGAGACCCUCUUGUCCCCAGCUGUGGCUUUGUCUGUGAAACCAGCAGAUGGCAGGAACUUUCAGGAAACAUUUUUUUCUAUCUCUGAUCCCAAUAAUGUACAGGUCCGUGGGGAUCCCAGGCUGAGAAGGAGUGUGAGAGAAGACUCCUCCAUCCCUCAGGGCUCCAUCAGGCUGCCCCCCUCUCUCACACAGGACUUAACCUCUGAGGAACAGCAGCUGGCCUCCCGAGUCCAGUUCAAUUUCUACCAGAAGAACACAGUGUUCCAGGACAGAUCCAUAGGACAACGCAAACUUAAUAGUGGGAUCCUGGGAGCGAGUGUGGCCAACCUGUCAAUCACGGGACUGACGGACGAUGUUGUAAUUCACUUGAGGAACACAGAGCCCAUUCCAGCUAAUUUUGUGGCUACAUGUGUUUUCUGGGACUUUACAUUGAAUAAUGAGUCAGGUGGUUGGAAUCCCAAGGGCUGUUCUGUCCAAAAGAGCACAGACAAUGAAACAGUUUGUGGCUGCAACCAUUUAACCAGUUUUGCUAUCCUGCUGGACCUCUCCAGACAGCCUGUAACCAGCCGUGUCCAGGCCACCAUCCUGACCUUUAUCACAUAUAUUGGCUGUGGAAUCUCUGCCAUCUUCCUGUCUAUCACCCUCCUCACCUACUUGGCCUUUGGGAAGUUGCGUAAGGACAUCCCAUCCAAAAUCCUGAUCCAGUUGUGCCUGGCUCUGCUAAUGCUGAACCUGGUCUUCCUGGUGGAUGCUUGGCUGGCGCUCUACCCGGAAGCUGUGGGCCUCUGCAUCUCCACUGCUUGGUUCCUUCACUACUUUCUAUUGGUUGCCUUCACCUGGAUGGGACUUGAGGCCGUUCACAUGUACCUGGCCCUCGUGAAAGUCUUCAACAGCUACAUAUCACGCUACAUGCUGAAGUUCUCACUGGUAGGCUGGGGCGUCCCGAUGAUCGUGGUCAUUAUAGUCAUUGCGAUUGACAAGGAUAACUACGGUCUUAUAUCCUAUGGAAAGUUUCCUGAUGGCACUAGUGAUGACUUCUGCUGGCUGAAAAAUGACAUUGCCUUCUACGUGGCUGUGGUGGCUUAUUUCUGCGUCGUCUUUCUCUUCAACUUCAUCAUGUUCAUUGUGGUGCUGGUCCAGCUGUGUCGGAUAAAGAGGCAGAACCCUCACAAUAUGCAGCACCGCAGCACACUUCAGGAUGUGCGCAGUGUGGCGGGGAUAACCCUCCUCCUGGGCCUCACUUGGGGCUUUGCCUUUUUUGCCUGGGGACCCGUUAACCUGCCAUUCAUGUACCUCUUUGCCAUCUUUAACUCAUUGCAAGGUUUCUUUAUAUUCGUGUUCCACUGUGCGGCGAAGGAGAAUGUGAGAAGGCAGUGGAGGAUCUACCUGUGCUGUGGCACAAUGAGACUAGCAGAAAACUCGGAAUGGAGUCGCACUGCAACACAGAAGACUGUGAAGAAGUCAUCAGUGACCAGAGUAACAUCUCUUCAUUCCUCAAAGUCAAACAACUCAUCCAGCUCUACUUCUUUUCUCGUCAGUGACUCCUCAGAACAGAUUAAUGGCAUUGGUAACCCAUUUGAAGACAGAGAAAUCACAGCUGAUGAGGACGCCAGUAUGGAUGUGAUCCUCAACGAGAUCAACAGGCAAAACAGAAACCAGCGAGCACCCUGAUUUGAAAAGCACAGAACAGACUGUUUAAUGGCUCUUAUUUUGA